AUGGCACCUUGGCUAGAAUGGAUAGCGAGGGAACGUGCGGGAGGGAUAAACACAGGGAAUGGAGGGAACGACAAUAAUGGGAAUGAUGGGAAUAAUAAUAACAACAACAAUGGAGGAAACGAGGACUCCUCAGUGUGGGGUCAGUUCACUGCAUGUGCACCUCUCCAUCAGCGACGGGGUCAGGACCGUCGGCGCCUAUCCAAUGAAUACGUGUCCGAUGAAGAUUCACCACUUUUACAACUUCGAACCCUCGAUGAUUAUACCCCGGCAUUAAAAAAUGCUGCUAGGGCGAUUAGAAGGAUUCAAUUGCUAGUGGCUAGAAGGAAAUUUAAAGAGGCUCUAAGGCCGUAUGAUGUUAAGGAUGUGAUUGAACAAUAUGCUGCUGGACAUGUGGAUUUACAAGCGAGGGUUAAACACGUACAACAAAGGCUCGACCAGAUUAUGGGAAGCAAGCCUAGCAAGGAGGACCUUAAAACAUCUCUGGCUAAUCGAGUAAUGAAAAUGGAGAGACAAGUUGAAAAGAUUGACAAGAAAUUGGAUUUGUUGGUGGAAAUGUUUUUGGAGGAGAAAAGGAUACGUUUGGUCGACAAAGGUAUUAAAACCGGUGGUGGUUUUGGUGGGCAUUCUACCGGAAAUUCAAAUAAUGCUACUGGACAUCGUUCUAUAAGUCUUCGACAGGCAUUCUCUCCCCCUUCCAGAGGAUAUCAACAAAAAAGCUCAGCUCCCGAAUUUCAACCUCCUCGUCAGUCAAUGUCAUCAACACUUUUGCCUUGUUCCUCCUCCAGCGUCCCAAAAGUGCCAAUAUCUCCACAUAAACAGCUCCAAUUAAGUCAAUCACUAAAAUUACAACAACAACAAUCUCAGAAGAAACAACAAAAAAUUCCGACUUUGAGACAGUUGGACAAAGUUGGAACUCAAAUACCUUCUUCAUUGCCUAUCAAAACUAACCAGAAAUUAGAGACUUCAACAGCUAGGAAGGAUAAAGACGAGGAAGAAGAGAAUAUUCAUGGAGAGGAUGAGCCUUUAAUAAGAGGCUCAAAAAAGGGGAUUGGACCUCCAGCUCCGAAUGAUUCUAUUGUAUAA